AAAGGCCCCUUUUGUGAAGUCCGGCAGUCAGGGGGAGAUCGAGAUGGAUCAGAAACUAAGCGAAUUGGUUGAAUCGCUAACUACGUCGGGUGAACCCCAACUAAAUCCGGAGAAAAUGAAGGAGCUGAAGAAAAUCUGCAAGUCGUCCGAUGAGCACAUAAAGCACAUGUACCAUCUCCUGAUGACCCAGCUGAGUGAGGAGCAUGCCGAGGUCCGCCUGUCCGCCUUCCAGAUAGCCAGCGAGCUCUUUGCGCGCUCGCAUCAGUUCCGGACUCUAAUCAUCUCCAACUUCCAGGAGUUUCUGGAGCUCACCGUGGAGACGGAUUACGAGCAGCCCUUGCCUCCUCCCAAAGAAGUGGCUCAGAAAUUAAAAGUGUUGGCCAUCAAGACCGUUCAGGAAUGGCAUGAGAAAUUUGGCGAAGCCUACAAGAAGCUGUCACUGGGAUACCACUUCCUAAAGCAGAACAAAAAGGUAGACUUUCAAGACGUGAGAUCGAGGACGUUAGCGGAGCGGAAGAGGGAAGAAGAAAAGAAGCAACGUCUAGAAAAUAUUUAUAAGGAAAAGGCUAGAAAAGCAAGUGAAGAAAUGGAAGAGAUGAUGUCCGAGAUCCAGUCAAGUCUGAGGGAAAUGGAGAGCUGUUUUAAACUUUUGUUGCCCGAUCCGGAUGAUUUUGCAGUGGUGAUGGAUGAAAAAGACUCAGCGAGGGAAACGUACAGCAGAACCGAUGACAUUUUCUCCGAACCGGCCAAUCGGAUACAGUCUCAGUCCUGUGUCGACGACGAGCGGCCAUGUUGUAGCAAAGACUUGUCACCGGUCGUGGCGCCCAGCAAGAUCUCUGAAAAUGGAGCCGUGGAAAAGUUGGGUGAUGGCUUCAAGGAUUCUGAUUCAGAGGAAUCCGAUUGUGACUAUGAAGGAGUGGAGGAGUCGUUCAUUAGGGACCAUGGACUUGGUUCUCACAAGUAUACACUCAGUCUGGAAAUCCCAACAGAUCUUAAGGUGACCGAAAACGAGAACAAUACAGAUGUUGUAAACAGCCUGUUGGACUCGCAUACACUCGUUAAGAACAAGUACUGGCCGGCAGUCCAAUCCUGGUUACAGAUCUUUACUAAAGCCGGGAUUAAUGAUGACCGUCUUAAGUGUGCGAUCGACCUAAAAAAGGACUUAGAAAACGUGUUGCGGAAGCACAAGGAAAUGAACAUCGAGUGUAAAGCCGGAAAGCGAGGGGCGGGGAACGCUAGCGAUGAGGAUGACGACGAGUUUGAAGAGGUCCCCGAGAAGGAAGGUUACGAACCCGACAUCCCCGACCACCUUCGCGCCGAGUACGGUCUAGAGCCUUCAGCAUCAUCUAAACCAGAGAAGAAACCAGCGUCCAAAGCGCCUGCCCCACGACGCAGAAAAUCAAACGACGAGGAGCUGGAUCCUACCUGCGCUGCUGCAACACUUAAACUUAUGAAGCACAAACUAGCAAAAUUAGCUCCUUCAUCCCCGAGUGGGUCUGGGGAGAUGAGCUCCAGAAGUGGAAAGUCGGAGGAGGAGAUGGCCAGAGCACCUGUUGUCUCGUUCGGGUUAGACCUGCACUACUGGGGCCAAGAGCAGCAGACAGCUGGAAAAAUACUAAAGGUCGGUUCUCAGCAUCGAUUCUGGGCUCCCAGCGAGAUGGAGGAAGAAGUGGAAAAUAAAGAGGUGGAAGCCAUGCUAAAAACCCGCUACAUAACGUUUCCGGGGAAGUUUGAGCCGGUGAAACACAAGUGCCGCCAUCCGCUGGCUAACGGGAGCCUGUGCGAGAGGCAGGAUCGCUACAAGUGUCCGUUCCACGGGAAGAUUAUCCCUCGGGAUGAACUCGGAGUCCCAAUGAAUGACGAGGACCGUGCCAGGGAGGCUAAGCAAAAGUUUGAGGAGGCGGCCCAAGAAAAAGACUGGAGAGACCCAGAGCUGAUGAAGGAAAUUGAACAAGCCACAGGUCAUGAUCUGGGGUCCUCCAAAUACUCCAAGAAAGGAAAGGGAGCGAAAAAGAAGGGGAAGAAAAAAUACCCCAACCUUACAGACCUAAAGCAGAACGCGAACACGUCAAGGACACGGCUGGAGCGGAAAGUGUUCAACACGGGAUCAGUGAAACGAGUGAUAAGCGCAAUGAACCAAAUGGAUCAGAGGCGACACGAGAAGUUUGCAAACCAGUUUAAUUACGCAUUAAAUUAAAACGCGGGAGAAAGAUAAACCGUCGAGGCAGCUUCUACAUGGAACACUUAUUUUAAGGACCUUUAAAGAAAAAUGAUUGUAAUAUAAGUAUACUUUUCCUAAUGAUAAUGUCCUAACUUAUUUCCAUAAUUUGUGAUACUUUGUGCGUAUUUUCAUCUUAAAUUUUUUUUCACCGAUUCUUAAUAUUUUGGAUUUUGAUUUUUUUAUUUUUUUG